AUCCUGCAAGCCUGGCUGCUGACUGACUGCAGGGGCGGGCCGUGGGUAAAGUGAAGAAGAUAGCCGCUGGGAGGCUGGCUGGAGCGCUCCCCACGUGUGAGCUGGGGUUCUUAGGAGCUGGAGGGGAAGCUGGGGACAUCGGACUGAGCUCCUCUACUGGCAGCACCACUGCCAAGGGCGGCUCCCCGCGGGACCUGGAGGGGGCAGGUUGCCCAGCCCAGAGGGAGGAGCUGGGGGCUCACAGGCGCUUCUGCACCUGUCGGAGGGCAGGGGAGGAGGAGGAGGAGGAGGAGGAGAUCAAGGAGGGGGCGGGGGCUCCGCCAGGCUCGGGCACAGCCCGCCUCUGCCCCAUUCGGCGGGCAGCCUGGGCGCCGGGGCUCUCAGGGGCUACUGCCGGGCGACAUGGAGCUGCUGUCGGCCCUGAGCCUGGGCGAGCUGGCGCUCAGCUUCUCCCGGGUGCCCCUCUUCCCGGUCUUUGACCUCAGCUAUUUCAUCGUUUCCAUCCUGUAUCUCAAGUACGAGCCAGGUGCUGUGGAAUUGUCCCGGCGGAGCCCUGUGGCCUCAUGGAUCUGUGCCAUGCUCUAUUGCUUUGGGAGCUACAUCCUGGCUGAUCUUCUGCUUGGGGAAGCACCGAUCGAUUACUUCAGCAAUAACUCCAGUGUACUCCUGGCCUCAGCAGUCUGGUACAUGAUUUUCUUCUGCCCCAUGAACCUCUUUUAUAAAUGCGUCAGUUUCCUGCCUGUGAAGCUCAUUUUUGUGGCAAUGAAGGAGGUGGUGAGGGUUCGCAAGAUUGCAGUUGGGAUCCAUCAUGCCCAUCACCACUACCACCACGGGUGGUUCAUCAUGAUCGCCACAGGCUGGGUCAAAGGUUCGGGUGUGGCACUGAUGUCUAACUUUGAGCAGCUGCUCCGUGGAGUCUGGAAGCCAGAGACAAAUGAGAUUCUCCACAUGUCCUUUCCAACCAAAGCCAGCUUAUAUGGAGCCAUUCUUUUCACACUUCAGCAGACUCGAUGGCUUCCCAUUUCUAAAGCUAAUCUCAUCUUCUUCUGCACCCUGUUCAUGGUGUCUUGUAAGGUGUUCCUGACAGCUACACACUCCCAUGCGUCCCCAUUUGACACUAUUGAGAGCUUCAUCUGUCCUGUGCUCUUUGGUUCUGCCUGGGGGGGCCAUGGGGACCAUCACCAGGAUGACCACGGAUCUUCUCACGAUGCCCACGGGGGCCCAUCUUCUCUUCAUGCCCCGCAGCCUCCGGCCAAAUCGAAGGAGGAGCUGAAUGAAGGUUCCAGAAAGAGAAAGGCCAAGAAGGCAGAGUAAAUGAAGAAUCUGCCACAUGUGACUGGUGGCCAAAGAAAGAGUCACUUCUGAGCUGCAUGAGAAAUAUACCAUGACACCCGAGCCCUCAUAGGCUCCGCCGUAAGACUUGUAUAAGGGAGAAGGAAUCUAGGCGACUGCCCAGCGUGCCUCUAUUAUUUCCAUCAGGGACCCCUAUUUUCAGGGGCUUACAGAUGAGGUGUGGAAAUCCCUAUAGGCCCAAAGGGAGAAUUCUAGCCAAAAGCUAGGCAUCUUGGUGGUAGAUUUUCUCCUUUUUUUUUUCUCCCUUAGAACAAAAGCUAUUUUGGGAAACAGAUUUAAGUUGCUGUGGGAGUCUAGGAACAUUGGUUCCGUCUGAUGUCUCUUUAGGAUUCCUGGCAUCUGAAAACUACUUUGUAUUUUAGACUAAUUUGUUUUGAAUCCAAGAACAAAAGAGUGAGAGGGGAAAAACCCACUCUAAAAUAAUUGGGCUCCUAACAGUGUCUUUUUGAAUUGGCUUACAAGAAAGAAAAAUAACUUGAAUUUUGAGAAGGGGCCUUGAUGGCUAAGUGUCCCACCCAAGCUGGGGGACAUACCUGUGGCCUGUUACCUCUGAGCCAGACCUGGAGCUGCCCAUUCACUUCAGACCCACGUCAGCUUUCAGAGAACUCUUUUUGGAAUAUCUGGGGGCCUGAGAGUUCCCAGACGGCCACUGGUAAUGUUAGUGACUUUUGGUAUUCUAUCAGACUUCCUGAAUCCUUAGGAUCAGAAUGGAAAUUGAACCCAUUUUCAACUGAAACUUGGAGUUGAGCUUUUUGAUUACCCAAGAAGCCGGGCAUCGACUCAGCAUGUCUCUCUUGGGUCAGCUAGCAUAUGUGAGGUGAGAGAAAAGGCCCAACCAGAGAGAUGGGAUCUUAGGUAGCACAUUAUGUCCCUGUGGUCUUCCCCACUCUAGCCUUUGGCUAUCUCUGCUAGAUCUGCAGUUAAAUUCUGACAUGGGCUUUGAGGAGCUGGACUUUUUCAAGUUGAGAUCUUGGGCUGUGGGGAUCAUGUUCCAAUCCAAACACACCCUGAACCACUUGAAACUGAGCACCAAAGGGAUAAUAAGCAAGUUGAGGCUGCCGGGGCCCUAGGCUGCUCACCCAGAAUUGGAACUGGAACUGGGGGGGAUGCACCAUGCCUUCCUCUGCCAUUUAAACUGAAGGUUUUCAGGGCUGGGAUGUUAUUGCAAGACCCAACAUUGGGAGAAAUCCUAGGAUUUAUCCCACCGAGGAAGUGGGUCAGUUGCAGUGAGUUUGGGAAGUGCCUUACCCCAGGUGAACUGCCUCCCCCUACUCCUCCCCACCAUGAAGUCAGGCAUCAGGGUCUGAUGUCGCCUCUUUUAAUAGCAUCAUGUUUUGAUGAAUCUGUUUCUGGAUGACUAUAAAGGGCUCUGUGUAAGGGGGUGAUGUUUUAUAGAUGAGCCACAAAAUAAAAGCAUUGUGAGGUGAAUUUUA